AUGACCUGUGAUGGUGGUGUGAUGGCAUCUGCUGAAGAUUUGCCUGAAGAGCGCAAAGAAAUGUUUGCUGUGCUGGCACUGCUGAAAGAUGCCUUUACUUACCUUCAAGCAGGUUCCAAACCAAAAGCUUUGGAGAUUGCUCAAUCUGCUGAUUUGAGGCAGAUGAACGAACGGGGCCAAAGUCUUAUGUUUGCUGCGGCUGGCCGACCUCUCAACAAAGGUUCUGCUGAACUUCUUUGCCAAAUUCUUCAGAAACGUGGCCUGGCAGUUGAUGCUUUGGACGGCCACCACCAGACCGCACUCUUUGCAGCUGCGCGUGAAGGCAAUGAAAUUUGCGCCGAUUGGCUGAUUGCACAGGGGUGCGCAGUAGACCACGCUGAUUUCAGAGGAGAGACACCCCUUUGCAUUGCCUUCCGAAACUCACAGAUGGGAAUGGUCAUGAAGCUCUUGAAGCAUGGAGCUUCUUUGGGUGUGAAAGACAUGUAUGGAGGUCGUCAGCCAACAUUUUUUGCCGACCCUAUUUUCCGCAAAGCCUUUGCGGAGAAGCGCAAAGAACCACCUGAGACCACGAGCUCGCCAAAGAAGCGAAAGCGUGGACAAGCAGAGGAGGAACCCCUGUGGAAGCGGUUCAGAGGGGACUUAUCCUUGCGGUGCACAGGCCCCAAUGUGAUGACCCAAUGGGCAUAUCAAGAUGAGGUCGUUCCAGAUGAGACAAUUCCAGAGGAAAAAUGCAAAGAGAUCCUGGCAGAGAAUGAUGACUUCAUGGUCAUUGUUCCACCCCCAGAAGCAACAGCCAGGAUCCGUGUUCUGGAGCGGGAAUUUUCCUUGGAUCAUGCGGAUUGCCUGCGAGGGCACCCCAUGCACCUUGCCAUGGCACCUGAUGAGUGGGCAGACUUUUCUGGAGUCCUUGUGAACGAGGCUGACGCCCACAAAUCUAUCUACAAUCUAUUGAAAAAGGGUUCAGAGACCCAGGCCCUCAUUUGCUGUGUCGAAAAGGGUAGUGGAUGCAUUCGGGGCUACCUGCGAAUGAGUUAUGGCGUGGGAGAAACAGUGACCCUUCAACAUUUGAAGGUGCAGCGAGAACACCAGCGUCGGGGCAUAGCCACCUUGAUGCUCGAAGGUGGUUUGCGCCUGGCACGCGAACACCAUGAGUGGUCCUUCAAGCAAAUCAGCUUGAAGGCCAUGACUUCACUCUCAGCGCCGAUGUUCUUCACAGAGGAUCCUGAGGCUCGUUUGAACAAGCUCCAAAGUGAUGAUCCAAUUGCAUGGCAGGACUUGGAAACAAAGACUCAAGCAGCACGGCUGUUGGGGCUUCUAGAUUUGGGGGAAUCGCCUGAGCGCUUCCUUGGCGUCCGAUUGCCAUGGUCUUUGUCGAGAGGUCACACCAGGGUGAUUUGGAAGAUCGAGGCUCAAAGAGAGACAGUUUGGUCCAACCUGGUGAUUUUCCUGGUGAGGUCCCUCGUGAGAAAGCCUGCGCCACCUGCAAACGCGCAGAUGCUGAGCUUUCCGUGGUAG